AUGGCCAAUCCUGUCAACCCCCCGCAAUGGACGCCGGACGAGAUCGAAGAUCCUCCCACUCCAGGCUCGUUCACCGACUCUGAAGCCUCAACACCUCAGGAGCAGGCCAAUGAGCCAUUUUCUCCAGACCCGAAUGGCAUCCCCAAGAGGGUACCGUCCUUGCGCUCUGUGUCCGACCCACAAGCCACCGCCGCCCAGAUGUCCGCUUCAUCGACACACAUGGGCCUCCUCAACAACGCCAGGCGACCGAUGCCCCCACCUACAAUGUCAGCGGGCCAGCUUCCUGCUGGGUUGAAUGCCAAGAUGAAGGCCUUUCACCUGUCACGUCAAGGAAGCUCAGGUCUGAGUCCUGUCCCCUCGCAGUCGCCAACUAACCCUAUGGGCAACGGCGGGUUUGCACCUGGGGGCGCCAUACGAGGAGGCAUCCCGGCUGGCUUCAAACCGCCGCAGAGACCCACCCCCUCGUUUCCGGCGCAAUCAGAACCUUCACUUCCCAGCAAUCGCCUUGGCAAGAAGUUCAAGUUCAAGCUUUCUGACAUCCAGGGAGGUGGUGGGGCCCCGGGCUCAGCACCUGCCGCUGUCGCUGCGCCGCCAAAGCCAACAAACCAGAUGCAGCAGUUUGAAGAGUACAUCGAUUCGGAACGUGGCUAUCUGACAUUCAAGAACAAGGCUGUCAUAACGAACAAGGGCGUCAACUUCGAAGAUGGAACCGUCUUCAGGAUAUCACUCGACGAGGUUGAGAAGCUGGACGAGCUGGGCAAGGGUAACUACGGUACCGUCUACAAAGUCCGACACUCAAAACCGCGCGUGCCUCGGUUUGGCCCCGGACUCUCUGGUGCGGCCAGGCUGAACAUGUCGACUAGCUCGUUAUCGGAUACAAGUGCAGCAGGCGAGGACGAAGGGGCUGCUUCCGGCGUAGUAAUGGCUAUGAAGGAGAUUCGACUGGAGCUCGACGAGGCAAAGCUUGGCACAAUCCUGAAGGAGCUGGUCAUCCUACACGAGUGUGCCUCGCCAUACAUCAUUGACUUUUAUGGAGCAUUCUUCCAGGAGAGCGCCGUCUACAUGUGUCUGGAGUACAUGGACGGUGGCUCAAUCGACAAGCUUUACUCUGGCGGCAUCCCAGAGACUGUUCUGCAGAAGAUCACAUACUGCACCGUCAUGGGCCUGAAAGAGCUCAAGGACAAACACAACAUCAUCCAUCGCGACGUCAAGCCAACGAAUAUCCUCGCCAACUCUCGGGGCCAAGUCAAGAUCUGCGAUUUUGGUGUCAGUGGUAACCUGGUCGCCAGUAUUGCCAAGACAAAUAUCGGUUGCCAGAGCUACAUGGCCCCCGAACGCAUUUCCGGCGGCAGUUUCAUGACGCAGGGCGCUUCAGACGGCACAUAUAGCGUGCAGAGCGAUAUCUGGAGUCUGGGUCUCACUAUCAUCGAGUGUGCCAUGGGCAAAUAUCCCUACCCUCCGGACGUCUCUGCCACCAUUUUCAGCCAGCUCAGCGCGAUUGUUGAUGGGGAGCCCCCGGAUCUCCCGGAGGAGGGAUACUCCGAAACUGCUCGGACGUUUGUGCACGGGUGCCUGAACAAGAUCCCCAAGCUCCGCCCGACGUAUCAGGCGCUGCUUGCGUCAGAGUGGCUGCAAAGCCUGGCGAAGCCGGAAACGAUCACGGAAGAGGAAGAGGAGGAAGAGGAGAACGAUGCCAGCGCGCAGGCCCUGGAGAACGCGGCAAACAAUCUCGACCUCAGCCGGUCCACGACCGAGGAUGCCGAGGUCGCAGCCUGGGUCCAGAGCGUGUUGGCGAAGAAGGUGGCGGGCGAGUACGGCGAGCCCGCGACGAAGCCGCCGUUGCAUGCCGCUCCGCUGGACCAAGUAAGUCCGCUGGCAAGCCCGCAUGCGGAGAGAGUAUAG